AUGUGUCUUGGUGAAUCCAAGAAGGCUCCUACGGAUGAAUUUCAGCUGGGCUCUGAUUGUUAUCUGAUAGUUCUAGUACUGGGCUUCUGCUCUUACGUCGGAGCCAUCUCAUGUCUUACAAAUUCUCUCUUGCAGAAUGGGACCAGUUUCCAUGUUUUCGACCAAGGCCAGUUUGCUAAGGAAGUUCUACCCAAGUACUUCAAACACAACAACAUGGCCAGUUUCGUGAGGCAGCUGAAUAUGUAUGGAUUUAGAAAAGUGGUAAACAUUGAGCAAGGUGGGCUGGUGAAGCCAGAGAGAGAUGACACAGAGUUUCAGCAUCUGUACUUCCUGCAGGGACAUGAACAUCUGCUAGAGCACAUAAAGAGGAAGGUGUCUGUUGUGAAAAAUGAGGAGACAAAACUUCGACACGAAGACGUGAGCAGACUCCUUUAUGAAGUGCAGACCUUACGGAGUCAGCAGGAAAAUACAGAAUGCCAGAUGCAAGAUAUGAAACAGCAGAAUGAAGUCCUUUGGCGAGAGGUCGUCUCUCUCAGACAGAACCACUCACAACAGCAGAAGAUCAUCAACAAGUUAAUCCAGUUUCUGUUUGGACAGCUGCCUCCUGGCCCCUCCAGCAAUGGGAUAAAGAGAAAGAUACCCCUCAUGUUGGAUGAUGGAAACUGUGCCUUACCCCUGGCCAAAUUCAGCAGGCACCUACCAGUGGACUCCCUUCAUGACCCAUAUUACAUACAAUCGCCACCUACAGAUCCAGUGUCCUCUUUAAGCAGCCCCGCUGUCAUCGCCGGUCCUAUCAUAUCAGAUGUAACCGAGGCUCUGCCCGCCAACUCAGUGACUGCACAACCUAAUGCUGAUGGGGAGAGGGGGACGUGUCUCCUGCUGAUUAAAGAAGAGCCCAUCAGUCCUGGAGUAAAGGGAUCCGCAGACACAGAUGCCUCCCUGAGUGGUUGCAGUGCAUGCUCAGACCCUCCUGUGCUGCCUGUAGCAAUGGUGCAAUCUAUACUGGAAGGAAAAGAGACUUGUAGCCCACCACAGCCCUCAGCAUCUCAGCAGUUAGAGGCACGGGGAAGGAGGAAUCCCCUGGAGAGCUUAGUGGAUGCUGCAGUUGUACCCGCUACAAGGCAAGAACUGUCAGACUCUCUGGACAGUAGUGAUGUCAGUUUGGAAGGAUUGCAACUGCUGCUGAGAAGCCAGCAAUAUAACCUGGAUUCUGCUGCUGUUCUGGAUGUGUUCAGUGCUGGUCUCUGUGUAAGUGAGUGGAGUCUUCCUGCUAUGGAAACCAGUCUGUCCCCGAUGCAACAACUCUCAGUGGAUAUGGAGGAGAAUGUACCUGACAUGCCUUCAAAAGGGAUGAAUCCACAGUUUAACUCCCCCUGCUCAGGAAAAGAAGCUCACCUUGAGAACGCAGUCCCGUUCCUUACAGAGGAGAUGGUGAACUUAGCGGGAGGCUCAUCCCUGUUUGGCGGUGAUGAGAGUGUGGUGUCUUACCUCUCUAGCGGGAUCCUUCAUGGGGAUGCUGCCGUCAGCCUGCGCCCUCCGGAGGAGAGGGAUGAGUGACCUAUAAAUAAAUAAACAGAGUGCAUUUUUAUAGCAAUAUUGCAUAUUUAAAGAAUGAAAAUGGACCUGCUGCACUGUAUAGCUAGUUAUACAGAGUUCUUUGCCCUACAAGAGCAUAAUCUGUGAUUUUAACAAAGUUACUAUAUAGGGGUAGCAGAGAUAAAGCCUGUUAUACUUUUCACAGUUCAAUCUGUUUCAGACGGGGUUGAGGCGCUGCCGGUUAAUGCAAUCAUAAGGGCUCACGGUGAAAUCCAAUGUGUUCUGUAGUAUAACAAUUUUAUAUUCUAAAUUCAGAGUAAGCCGACAGCUUCUUGUGCCAAACAUGCUGCUACGCCCACUUAGAUUUGGGGUCAUUGAUGGAUAUUUUGGACACCUGGAUGGCCUGUCUAAGCCAGAUGUCAAUCAUAUAUUUUUAGUGCUAAUGCCUUCAAUUCUGCGGAUAUGAGAGGUUUUUAUUUAUAAGUACUUCUAUAUAUUGCAGAAGGUUCAUUUUCAGCAGGGGAGAGGUGGAUUCUAGGUGUUUGUGAAACACGUCCAGGUUUGAAUGUAUGAAAAGAACGGGAUUAAGGAACAAACCUUAAACAUAGACACCACAGUCUAUACACAGCACAAAAAAAAGAUAUUAACCUGUUCAGGGCCGCCAAUGCUUUGCACAUCAUUGGUAAAUUUUCUCUGGCUCUGGAGGAAUUAAUGUCAUAGAUAUGGCUUAUUCUGUGUUAGUGAACUGAUUCCGUGAGACUCCAUUGUUCCUUUCUUCUGCACCGUUGUGGAAGGAAAUGGGAUUAUCAAUGAAUGUAAUGGUUUACCUGCCGUGAACCGCUGAGGAUUCUGGUAAACACUGGUAAAAUUUGGUGUUGUACUUUCUGAAGGUCAGAUUGUUUCUUAGCAAAGCUGAGUCCUCUUUGUAUAAUAGAGGGAAAGAGAUAGAUUAAAUAAAUGUGUAUAUAUAUAAAACCAGUCUAUUUAAAAAAAAAAUAAUAAUAAUAUAUAUAAUAUAUAUAUAUAUAUAUAUAUAUAUAUAUAUAUAUAUAUUAGCCUUAGUGUUUAGGAGUUAGAAGAUUAUACAAAUAUAUAUGAGUCCUUUCACUUAUUGCAUUAUUAACAUCUUUUCACAAGUUUGAAUGUAACUUGAUGGCUUUCUAUAUGUUAACCCCUUCAACAUUAAUAAAUGUUAGGGUUAAUCCGCUGCAUUGCCAUCUGCUUGCCUGCCUUACUAUUUCCAGAUCAGAUUCUUUUACACUACUGGCUCCCUGACUUUGUGGUAUUAACAACAGGAAUGGGAAAAAUAAUAAAAGGUGUCGUGUAACGCUUGUACAGUAUGCAUAUAGAAUGUACAGAAUCCCAGCUCACUGUAUCCACCACCAGAGUUGCUGAGAUCGGCCACAGGCCCGGGUACUAAGAGUGGCAUGACCAGAUCCAGGGAGGAGUGAUUACACCUCAUGGUGCCAGCGAUUGCACAGGCGGCACCUGCAGCUGCACCCUGAGCAGCUGUCCCGGGUCCUGCACCCAUUCUCGGCAACCAUGUCCACCAUGAUUUCAUAUGCUAUCCCUCAUUACAGAGAAUAAGGAUUGUAGUAAGAAUAUUAUUCCAAAAACAUAGACUUAUCUGGUUUAGGUUACUGUCAAAAUGUCCCUGCUCUAGAGAAGGGUGGUGGCCAUCUUGGAUAUACCCUUUAAAAAGGGUUGAGAUUACCUAAAGAAUAAAAAAAAAGGGGCAGACUAGAUGGGCCAAGUGGUUCUUAUCUGCCGUCAAAUUCUAUGUUUCUAUGAUAUGGACAACUCUGUAUACAAUGGUCACAUAUCAGACAUCAGGCAAUUUUACCACAAAAACAAACAAACAUUGAAUUGAGGCUUCGGCUGACUAAAUAAUUGGAAUUAUUCUUAGAUCUUUCCUUGAACAUCAGUUUUCCCUAAAGUGUGAGCUAGAAGUCGCUGGGUUAUAUUCACUUGUUUCUAAGCACGUAUGAGUAAUAUCCAGUUGACUUUCUGGUUUCUCAGUCAUGGCAUCAAAUAUCAGGCCCUAGGAAUUCUUUAUUUUUUUCCCCUUCUUCUGUUUUAGGAUCUGUAGUAACUGAGGAAAGCAAAUAAAUGGCAUACAAAAUACGGUUAAUCGAUCUCUCAGGAGAAAUUCACAUAGAAUAUAGGUAUGGUUGCUAACUAUGUGACAGUCUGCAUGCAUAAUGUGUAUUUUCUCAGAGAUAUUGAUGAACCCUAGGUGUGCUGAGGUGGGGGGGAGAACUCGUGACCCGAGCCGGUCCUUGAUGAAGCUCGGCUCCCAUCCCCCUCCCCUGUAACAAUUAAUUUCUGCAGUUGCUCAACAAGUUUUCUACCCAAUCCAACAUGUGCUGCUGGGUGCUGGGCUGCAGAGCAGCCAUAGAGGCUGCUGCCACUGAAAAACACUUUCUCCUUUCUACUUGAUUUGGAGAACCCCUAGCUGAGGAGUCCCCAUUGCGAACCCCUGAUUAACUCUAUAACCAGUGCGCUGUGGGGAGGGAGGAGGUGGAGCAGCCGGAAACGUAGCUAUUUCCACCCUGACACCGCCCGUGGUAAGCCUAGUAGAUACCGCAAUGCGCACAGCGACCCACUACAUUGACCCACGCCCUUCAAAUAUUGGGGGGGGGGUAAGCCACACCUUGCCGCCCCCCCCCCCCCCCCCUAGUUCCGACACCCUUGCCUACUGUAUAACAAAGAUAUCUUGCUAUGUUCAGCCGUAGGCUCAAUGCAGCUCAACCUUUCUACAGUGUGACCAAGUUCACUGUAUUGCUGGGCUUAAAGCUGGGUACACACUAGGUGAUACGCUGAUUGAAUGAUAUGAAAGAUAUUGUCAGUGCUUUCCCUUGAACUCCCAGGCAAACGAUAUAGUGCAUACAUGCUGUACGAUAUCACUAAUGAUAUCAUUCAGUGACGUCACUUGGCCACCACCCCGAACACGCAGUUUUGGAUGAUAUAGCCAAAAUUUACCUGCAUGUACAGAUGACAGAACACCUCUUUAACGACCCAUGGGAGCGUGCAUCAUUGAUGAUAUUGUGCGUACACAUUGGAUGAUGUUACAAACGAUAACGCUUAGAAGGGUCAAAAUGAGCAAUAUCGUUUAAAAUAUCGCCUAGUGGGGGUCAUUCCGACCCAAUCGCACGUGCAAUCGGGUCGGAACUGUGCAUGCGCGGCAGCCACAUUGCGCAGGCGCGUCGUUGCCGUCACCAGGCAGCGACGCCGCUACCGAAGAAAGCGGUCGCAGCGGCGACUGCAAGAAGAUUGACAGGAGGAAGGCGGAUCCAGGCGGCAACUCACCGUUUUCUGGGAGUGGUGAGUCCAACACAGGCGUGUCCAGGUGUUUGGAGGGCGGAUGUCUGACGUCAAUUCCGGGACCUGCAUCGCUGGAACGAUCGCACAGGGUAAGUAACUCUUACCCUGGUCUUCUUUUACAGGAAACCUUUUUUUUGCAUAGCAGGGCUGCACAAGCGUUCGCAGCCCUGCUAUGCAGAAAUACACUUCCCAUAGGCGGCUUCUAGUUGAUCGCACGGGCAGCAAAAAGUUGAUAUGUGCGAUCAACUCGGAAUGACCCCCAGUGUGUACCCAGCUUAAGAGAUAACUGUCCUAGAAUGUUGCGAUAUUGGAAAAAUAAAAAUAAAAGGUUUCUAAAUAAAUUGCUGUAAUUAACUUAUUCGUUUUUCAAUUAGAUUGCGGUCACAAAGGGCCUAAUUCAUGUUUGUACGCAAAUGCAGUUGUGAUUCUCUAGGCUACGGAGCUGCUAAUGUGAGCAAGUGAUGCCAACGCCCAGAAAUAAAGAGACGCCUGCUGAAACCAUCGCACACCUGUUCGCAAUUGUGUACACAUUCGCAGCCUAUACACAAAAACAAGAAACAUUGGUUGUAAGAGUUGGCUUAUGGCUAUGCAGACUGGACACUGCAGUAGCAGCGCAGACGCCAUGUUUUGCACAUACGAGCAUGCAGCUGACGGCAGAUACAUGCCAGAAAACGCUCAUGACACGCCUGCGUUUAUGCCACCACUUCCUGUAAACUCCCCAUCAACACCUCCAAACAGGCACUACCUGUCAAUCACUUUUCCAUCAAACCCUCAUUGUGAGCACAACUGCAGCGGCACCUUGGUGCACGCGCAUUGCGAUCACAGCACAUGCGCAGUCUGACGAUAUUCGCUCCAUUGCAUGAACAUUGGCCCAAACACAUGAAUUAGGCCCAAAGAACACAGCCAGGGCUGCUAUCAGAAAAUAUGGGGCCCGGGACUGACAAAAUAAACAGUGCCCCUGCCCCCCCCCCCCCCCCCCAAAAAAAAAAAAAAUUGCCACACCGCUCCACUCCAUAUGAUAUCAUACAUUGUGAUGUUACAUAUAGGUGGAGUGUGGCAGACCUACUGGAACGGUUUACAGAGAGCUGAUGCGCAGGGAAGACUUGUUUUAAGAAGUUCUCUCUGCACACCAGCCUGCUCUUGAUUAACAGACUGGUACAGCUCUAUAAGUAUUGGCAGUAGGAGCCAGGAGUGGGCCCCCAUCUCUGUAAGUGCCCGGGAAACCAGUACCCACAGUCCCCCCCCCGAUGGCUGCCCUGAACACAGCUUAGCAUUUACCUGUUGCCCAGCAGUAGAAUUGCUGCCUUUGUGACAAGAUGGCUUCCUUGUUAGUGAUCUGUCAUUUCUUUACAAUGGAAAUACUGUUUAAUGGGGUUGGGGAUGUAAUGCCGGCGCUCGGGAUCCCGGAGGUCAGCAUACCGACCCCGAGCGACAGUGAGAAUGCCGGCGAGCGCAACGGAGCCCCUAGACAUGCAGCGGGUUCAGUGGCUCGCUGCACUCAUCACAGGUUCUAUUCCCACUCUAUGGGUGUUGUGGAAUAGCCCCUGCUAGUCGGCAUUCCGGCUCUCGGUAUUGUCAGCGGUCGGGAUUCCGGCGUCGGUAUCCUGACCGCCGGCAAAUAAACUACAUCCCAUUUAAUACAGUAUUUGCCCAGAACUUGGGUAUCAGAGAAGCUGUUGUUAGGGUGUAUAGUUUGCACUCUAAUGAGUACAUUUACUAAAGCUUCUAAAACAGAAAAUUGGUGAUGUUGCCCAUAGCAACCAAUCAGAUGCUAUUUAGCAAAGACAAUAAAAAAAAAUGAUAGACAGCAUUGGAUUGGUUGCUAUGGGCAAAAUCACCAAUUCUCUGUUUUAGAAGCUUUAGUAAAUGUACCCCUAAAUGACUGAGAUUUGAGGUGUACUAUCUUCUAACUCACUGACAUCCUAUUUCAUCACAAGGCUGCUAAUGCACUAGUCCCACAACUUAAUUAAUAAGUCUUAGUAAAUAUGUCCCUGAACUUAGAUAUUUAAAUAGACAAUAAAAAGACCAGUAUUGGAAAAAUUAUAAAUAUUUUGUCAACUGUAUUUGUAAGCAUGGCUGUAUGAUCUACACAGCGACUACAUUGCUACCAGAAUAUGUAAAGAUUUGAGGUGUAGUGUUAUAUUAUUUAUAGGUAUUUCUGCUUGUCUGAUGUUUCUGAGCCAGCGUUGCAAUUACCAGUGUGCAUUGAAGGGCUGAGUGCUUGAGGUCUUCUUAUAAUUCAUAUGUCCUGAUAUAUGGGACUGGUGCAUUAACAAAUGCCUUCUAUAACCAUCCCCAUCAGGUCAAGAUUAAUGUAUUAUUUGCUUAGGGGUUAAGGUGUUAGAGAAUGACCCCUUUAUUGGUGUGCAAAUUUGUAUGACAGCUUCUUAUUUACAAUGAGACUUGUUUCUGACUGUGUCUAUAAGUGGCUGUUGUACAGCAUCAGCAAAUGUACUUAGAAACAGAUUAUAUCUUAUUAAAUCAAUUCUGUAUAUUCACAUCUUAUUAAAUAAAACUGUAUUACUCGUCAUAUUGCAUCUCUCUUGUGACAAGUGUCAGACAUCCCCCGAUAAAUUAUAACUGCCCAUGUGAUCCAGUUGGCUAAUUGCUUCCCAUAGAUUUGGUGGUGUCUGGCUGUUGGCAUAACAAAAUUAAAUACCAUGACUGUACUUGACAAUGAUGCAUGCACUGCAAGUGUACCUGAAAGCUGUAUACACAUGCGACUCUACUGGAUAAUGAUAUAUAUGCUGUCUGUUACUUGUGACCGUUAUUGUCAACUGCUUAUUCAGCAAUUAUAGCUUUCUAGACAUGUAAACAUUAUGUGGAAGGGAGAACCGACUGCCUAAUAAUGCAAUAAUAUACUGACUGUCUAAUGCAAUCAUAUACUGUAUGCUGAGACUGUUCUCACCUGCCACACACACACGCUGACUAUACAGUACCUGGCUGCUGUACAUACAGCAUGACUGUGCCUGACAGCGUCCACUACACUCUAGCUGUAUCUGACAGCCUUGUAUGCACUGUAGUUCUACUUGAAUCUGAUGCACUAAUGAGACCUAUUUGCACUAUGCUGUAAAUUUGUAUAGUUUUACAAACAGCCCAAAUUCAAUAAAUAUUGUUUUCUCACUGA